GCCUGUUGAUACAAAUCUCCGUUUUGGUUUUGAUUGACAAACAGGGAUAAACACAUCCGAUUCAUUUACCAAAGAAUGGUAUCAGCAGCAAGCUGUUCUUCGUGUGAGCUUUGGGAAUUUCCUUUCUUUGCUAUAUUAUGCUUUGAUCAUGAUUGGUGUGAAGACCAGAAGACCAGGCGUGACUCAUGGCACCAUGGUGGAUGGGGUGGGUUGAAGAUGAUCGCCUGGUUUUUGCUUGUUGUCCUCAUGUUUUUUGUUCCAAAUGUUAUCGUCUCAAUCUAUGGAACUUUGUCAAAGUUUGGUGCUGGAGCGUUUCUGUUGGUUCAAGUGGUACAUCGCUCUGUUUAUAUCAAUCGUGUGUUACAUUGCUACAAUGCCUUCUCAGGAAUCCUGUUCAUCUGGUUCAACCCAUCUGGUCAGGAUUGUGGACUUAAUGUUUUUUUCAUCGUUGUGCCGAUGAUCUUGGCCUUUGUUUUUGCUAUUAUUGCUUUACAUCCUGCGGUGAACGGCAGUCUUUUACCGGCAUCAGUUAUUUCGGUUUACUGUGCUUAUGUCUGUUACACGGGUCUCUCUAGCGACCGCAUGACUAUGUUUUGCAAUGGACUUAACAAAUCCAAGGCAGUGAACGCAAGUACCCUCAUCCUCGGAAUGCUCACUACGGUUCUCUCGGUUCUAUACUCCGCCCUCCGAGCGGCUCUUCCACCACAUUCCUCUCACCACCAUCUUCCCCCAGAUCAGGUACUUCACCAAUCUCUUCAAUACGUCUGGCACUGGGUUUUAGGUGUGAAGGAGUCAUUGUUAGAGGACCCCGAGGACGGGAGAAGAAGAGUGGUGAAGCAGAGCACGGCCUGUGAGUUACUCAACUUCCUUCUUCAUAUCAUCUUUGCGCUUGCGAAUGUACGCUGCAAUGCUUCUCUCGGGAUGGACUGACUCACAGAGAGUGCGACUCUGAUCGAUGUUGGGGAUGGACCUCGGUCUGGGUCAAGAUAUGCACCGGUUGGGUUACAGCCGUACUCUACAUAUGGACACUCAUUGCACCGCAUCCCUUCCUGAUCGCGAGUUCUACUAAAUAGAUGGUAAAACGUAUA